CUCGAGAUCCGUUGCCCCGAGAUCCGCUGCCCGCGACUUACCUCCUGGCACCUCGAAGCACGAGGGUCAGGGGUGCUUUGCAAAGAGCAGGAGAGAGUGGAUGCGAGGAGGUGGCGGUGAGAGGGCGAGAAGAGGAGAAGGGAAAGGAAGGAGCCGAGCCGGGGAGCCGGGCUGGCAGCCGCCGCGGGAGGAAUCUGAGUGUGCAGCCGGCGCGGGGGGAGCGGCGGCCGCCGCGGAGGAGGCGGCGGCGGCGGCAGCGGCGCGGGCGGGCGGGCGGCGGCGCGGACGCCUGCAGCUGGGCAGCAGCGCGCGGCGCGGAGCGGCGGUGGCGGGCAGCGCGCGGCGAUGCUGGCCUCGGGGCUGGACUGCUGAACCCACUCGGCCCCACCGCCGGACUCGAACUGGGAGGGGGCGCCAGCGCACCCAGGACGCGGUGCCCCACGGGACCCCACUACAAGCUGCUGCAAACUGAAGCCUCCCGCCUCCCCGGGCCAAACACAUCCCGGUGCCCGUUCGCAGCUGCCACCCCGGGUGUUCCAAAGGCUCCGGCAAGAUCUGCGCCUCCCGGGUCUCCCCACCCGCCAACCCGAUUGCUCCGCACCGCCACCUCUGGCUCCCGUCAGACUCCGCCCGGCAGUCGGCUUCAUCGAACUUGAUUUCUCACCUCCUCAGCCCCAUCACCUCCAGCCCCUUUCCCCCGUCUCGCCUCCACCCCCCCAAUUUCCUCCUCCUCGCCCCUCAUUUCCACCCUCCUCCCCCUCCCCCGGCCACUUCGCUAACUUGUGGCUGUUGUGAUGCGUAUUCCCGUAGAUCCGAGCACCAGCCGGCGCUUCAGCCCCCCCUCCAGCAGCCUGCAGCCCGGCAAGAUGAGCGACGUGAGCCCGGUGGUGGCUGCGCAACAGCAGCAGCAGCAGCAGCAACAGCAGCAGCAGCAACAGCAGCAGCAGCAACAGCAGCAGCAGCAGCAGCAGCAGGAGGCGGCGGCGGCGGCGGCGGCGGCGGCGGCGGCGGCGGCGGCGGCGGCCGCGGUGCCCCGGUUGCGGCCGCCGCACGACAACCGCACCAUGGUGGAGAUCAUCGCUGACCACCCGGCUGAACUCGUCCGCACCGACAGCCCCAACUUCCUGUGCUCCGUGCUGCCCUCGCACUGGCGUUGCAACAAGACCCUGCCCGUGGCCUUCAAGGUGGUAGCCCUCGGAGAGGUACCAGAUGGGACUGUGGUUACCGUCAUGGCGGGUAAUGAUGAAAAUUAUUCUGCUGAGCUCCGAAAUGCCUCUGCUGUUAUGAAAAACCAAGUAGCAAGGUUCAACGAUCUGAGAUUUGUGGGCCGGAGUGGACGAGGCAAGAGUUUCACCUUGACCAUAACUGUCUUCACAAAUCCUCCUCAAGUCGCCACCUACCACAGAGCUAUUAAAGUUACAGUGGAUGGACCCCGGGAACCCAGAAGGCACAGACAGAAGCUUGAUGACUCUAAACCUAGUUUGUUCUCUGACCGCCUCAGUGAUUUAGGGCGCAUUCCUCAUCCCAGUAUGAGAGUAGGUGUCCCGCCUCAGAACCCACGGCCCUCCCUGAACUCUGCACCAAGUCCUUUUAAUCCACAAGGACAGAGUCAGAUUACAGAUCCCAGGCAGACGCAGUCUUCCCCGCCGUGGUCCUACGACCAGUCCUACCCCUCGUACCUGAGCCAGAUGACGCCCCCGUCCAUUCACUCCACCACCCCGCUGUCCUCCACCCGGGGCACCGGGCUGCCUGCCAUCACCGACGUGCCCAGGCGCAUUUCAGGUGCUUCAGAACUGGGCCCUUUUUCAGACCCCAGGCAGUUCUCAAGCAUUUCAUCCCUCACUGAGAGCCGCUUCUCCAACCCACGAAUGCACUAUCCAGCCACCUUUACUUAUACCCCGCCAGUCACCUCAGGCAUGUCCCUCGGUAUGUCCGCCACCACUCACUACCACACCUACCUGCCACCACCCUACCCCGGCUCCUCCCAAAGCCAGAGCGGACCCUUCCAGACCAGCAGCACUCCAUAUCUCUACUAUGGCACCUCGUCAGGAUCCUAUCAGUUCCCCAUGGUGCCCGGGGGAGACCGGUCUCCUUCCAGAAUGCUACCGCCGUGCACCACCACCUCGAACGGCAGCGCGCUCUUAAACGCAAACCUGCCUAACCAGAACGAUGGCGUUGACGCCGACGGAAGCCACAGCAGUUCCCCCACCGUUUUGAAUUCUAGUGGCAGAAUGGAUGAAUCUGUUUGGCGACCCUAUUGAAACUUCCUCAGCAGUGGCCCAGCGGUCUCUGGGAGCCACAUCCCAAAUGUAUCAACAUAUACAUAUAUAGAGAGUGCAUAUAUAUGUAUAUCAACUAGCCUAUCUACAAAGUGCCUAUUUUUUAGAAGGUUUUUUUUUUUUUUGUCUUGGCAUUCACUCACUCUGUCAUGAUCUUGCAACCCUCAGAGGGUGGCUCUUGAGAAGCAAGAGGCCCAAGAGAGACAAUCCUUAUCAGGUUUCAGAUCAUUCUCUCUUUAAACAUGUACCUUUGCGAGCAAACAAAGGGAAAAGAGGUACUUUUGUUGCUGUUGUCAUUUGGUCUGUUAUCCUCAGUAACCUGUUCAGAUGCCAGUUCAGAGAGGUGGACUCCAAGUUCAGGAGGAAAAGCAAAGACGCUUGUCCCCUGUGCUUUGAAACCACACACCCUCACGGUGCCGCUGUGUGUGGACCCGUGCCCUCGGCAGACCCACUUACACAGCCGGUCCAGGUGCCCACGGAGGGAAGAGGGGCAGAAAGAAUGCUUCCGUUCCCUUGCCAUCCAUUCAGAGUAACUGUUCCAAACUUUGGCUUUCACACUUUCUGCAAGUACUCAUUUGAACUGUUUGGUUCAGUUGUUUUUAUUUUAAUUUUUUCCUACUUUAAGAAAGUGACUUCAAAAAGUACCCAUCAGGAUAGAUUAUUUUAUUUUACCUUUUUAUACUUUUUUUUCCUUUUCCCAUUUAACCAAAAAGAAAUCCGAUCCCGAACUGCCCCCUUCCCACCUAACCCCUUCUUCUUUUAUGCAAAACUGAAAAUGGCAAUACCUUAUUAUAGCCAUAAUGGUAGAGAUAGUGUUUGCGUUUGGCUGUGUGUUAUUUGUCUUCUUUUUUUUUUUAAAUUAUGAAUAUGUGUAAAAUCUGAGGUAACUUGCUAACGUGAAUGGUCAUAUAACUUUAAAGAUAUAUUUAUAAUUAUUUAAUGACAUUUGGACCCUUGAAACAUUUCUUAGUGUAUUGAUAUGUUGACUUCGGUCUCUAAAAGUGCUCUUUAUUAAAUAACAAAUUCCUUCAGUGGGCUAGAGCCAUAUCUGAAAUAUUGCUAAGCAAUUUCAGUUCAUCCAGACACAAUGUGAUUUUUAAAAGUACUUCCAUCUCCAAAUAUUUUAGAUGUAGCUUGUUUUUGUGAUGUAUGAAGGAAAUGUUAUGUUAGUUCUUUUCCGAUCUUUGAUUGCCUCUAACACAGCUUUGCCUUUUAAAAAGCAAUAAUCAGAGAUUUAAAAAGCAACCCUUAGUCCUUUAUCACUUAUGUUGCUCAUUGUCAGCAUAAAAUGCUGGAGUGAUGUGGCUUCCUAAUUUCUUUGAAAUAAUGAUGACUCUUGUCAUAUGAAAAAGACAAGCACAAGUGAAUCCUUGAACUGCAGAACAAUGUUCUGUGGUUUCAGAGUUAAAGCAAAACUCGACAUCACCAGUGAAGACGUAGUCAGCUUAAAGCCACACAUGUGGCUGAAGGAUCAGUCGUGAUACACACACGGUACAGGAAAGCAGAACUGCUCCAGGGAGUGUUACCCAAAACGCCUUACCAAACAGUAAGUCAGGGGAACCCAAAUCUGCCUUAGCCUGGGGCCCACCGGCAGCUUCCCACAGAAUUUGCAUUUAAAGGAGCAGAGUUAAGUCCUUGUCUUCUGGGAGCAGGGUCGUCUGAAGGAGCAGGCAAGUUCCAGCAGGCAGCUGAUCUGAGAACACACAGGCAGUGGGGACCCAUAAUACAGCCUCUGAUAUUCAUAUUUCUCACCAUGGGGGGGCGAAGGGAAGGCAAAGCUAGGUGGAAUUUGGUGUCUACUACUGCGUAUGAAUUUGAGCCGAAGCCCUCCUGUCGGAUGCACUUUGACCACUCCUGGCGGCCACGUGGCAGAUUCUCAAGUGUGGAUCCUUGAUCCAAGCCAGGACCACUUCAGGACACCACCAGGCAGAUCCCCACCCACCUCCCCCACAGGUCAGGGCCCUUUCAUUUAAAGCUUGUGCCCGCCCCCAGGCAGAAACUUUAGAGACUUGCCUCCAGCCCCAGAGGCCCCUUGCUCCCGGGUCAUUGUCCAGCCCACCUCAUAGAGCACCAAGCAUCUUGGGGACGGCUCGUGGGGCAUGGGACCUGUGCUCCUCGCCUGGGAAUUCACCCUGACUCCUCCUAAUAAAGAUCGAGGGGAAAACCAAGCCCAACCAAAACAAAACACUUUGCCUUCUAAAGGUUGUAUACCAAGUAUGCUUAGAUAAAUAAGCCACUUUCCUAUUACUGAAGAUGGAAGUAGUAAUUGAUACUAUUUAUUAUUUGUGUGUGGUAGCUUGAAGCAAGCCACUGUCCAUUUAUUUGUAAGUGUAAAAUAUGUGUGUUUGUUUCAGUAGCACUUAAAAAAGCCAGUGUCUGGUUACACAUUUCAAUCUUAAUUAAUUGACAGAAAAAUGUUACUGCCAGUGCCAGCUGUACCCUAUUUAAUAAAAAAGGUACUAUAUCUGUACAUUCCUUUUUAAUGUUGAAAGGGCUUUUUUAAGUUUACAGUACACAUACUAAGUGACUUGAGGGAUGCUUUUGUGUUGAAAUGUUAGUAUAGUGGCUGCAGGCAGCAACCCAGAAACACUUUAAAAGUUUUCUUUUUUUUUCUUGGGAAAAAUUCAAGCACUUCUUCCUUCUCCCCUCACUCAAACCAUUCUCAUGGGGUAAUUUACAUUUCUUAGAUCAAAUUCAGCCCUUUUUUAGCCCGGGGGUUUAAAUUUUUCUAUCUUUUUUUUUUUUUUUUCUUUUUUAACCAAAUCCUUAAUUUGCACUGGGUCACGUGUAUGAUUUGUGAUUUCAAGACCAAAGCAAAGCCUUACUGCUACUGUGGAACCAUGAACUAGCCAGCACUCUACUUCCUUCAGAUUAUAAAGGCAUGGUUUACAGCGUGACCAAUACAGCCACUUUUUUAACCUGUUCUAAACUAUGUCAGAGUCCCAGAACAGGUACCGAAGCUUUAGUUUUUUUGUUUUUUGUUUUUUUUGUGAAAUGACAUCCAGGUUGGAACUGAAAGACUCAACAGAUCAGCUGUGGUUCGCUCUUCAGGCCGUCUUACCCCCACCAGGGCCUUUUAAAAGUGAGCAGAGAACUGUACACCAUUGGGGCCCAUCCAUUGCAGAUUCAGAGGGGAAGAGAUGUAUGUGCUGGCUGAAAGAGUUCCCUCCAUUCCCAGGAAAGGGACUGACUCAGAGUCUAGGUGAUUGCAUGGAAACACAAAGCAUUAGCAAAAACAAGAAUUAUACCUAUGACAUUCGAAAGAACCAUAAUAAAUAAAAUAAAUAAAAGACGACUCUUCCAAACCUUGAAUUUGUUGUUCUUAAAAAGAUAACACAUUUGAAACAUAUUUUCUAUGUGAGAAUUUUUUAGAUGUUUGUUUACUUCAUGUUUACAAAUAACUGUUUGCUUCUUCAUGCAGUACUUUGAAAUAUAUCAGCCAAAACCAUAACUUACAAUAAUUUCUUAGGUAUUUUGAAUAAAAUUCCAUUUUUUUGGAUAUGCUUUACCAUUCUUAGAUUUCUGUGGAACAAAAGUAUUUGUAGCCUUUUGUGUAAAUACAAGCUUUUCAUUUUUAUUUUUUUCCAGUCGCUGUUGCCCAAGAUUUGCUUUCCGUGCACAUAUUGUACAAAUUCUGCUUUGUGCCACAGGUCAUGAUUGUGGAUGAGUUUACUCUUAACUUCAAAGGGACUAUUUGUAUUGUAUGUUGCAACUGUAAAUUGAAUUAUUUGGCAUUUUUUCCAUGAUUGUAAUAUUAAUUUGAAGUUUGAAUUUAAUUUUCAAUAAAAUGGCUUUUUUGGUUUUGUUA